GAGUUGCAAUUGCCCAGUGCAGUUUCUUCCUUUGAACAGUAAGACUGAACACGGCAUCUUGGUCCGGGCAGAAGGGACGCUAUGAUCACAGAAUUCCUGUCCCUGCUUCACCUUGGGCUUUGUCUGGGCAAUGAAGAUGAGAACAAUCAUGAGAAAUUUUCCAAAUCCCUCCUCCAUGCCUUGCCCAGCUCAGAGGUUGAACACGGCAGCAAUGUGACCCUCAAGUGCCAGUCUGACGUCCAGAAUGUGACAUUCGUGCUGGGGAAGUUGCAGGACUCUGGGUACAAGCAAGAAUGCAACUCAACAGGACAGGAUACUAAAUUCCUCCUCACUGACCUGAAGCCUAAAGAUGCUGGACAGUACUUUUGUACCUACAAGAUGGUGGCUGUAGAGAAAUGGGAACUCCGUGCAGACACACCUCAGUACCAGCUGUGGAACCUGCAGGAGACUGUGACCUGGUUCCAGCCCCUCUUGAUCAUGGUCUGGGAGAACAUGGACAUGGACACCGAAGUCAUCUUUGUCGCCACCUUCUGCUGCCUCUUUGUCCUCCUCUUCAUCGCCGUCUUCUUCAUCUACAGAUGCACUCGGCACGAUUCAUCACAUGAAGAAUCCGCCAAGAGAACCAGCCAUUCCAAACUUCCCGAGCAGGGAGCUGCAGGUGUAUCCAAACUGGAAGGAACAUCUGAAUCGCCUGAAGAAUCCCAGGGAGUGAUCUAUGUAAAGCUAAACACCAACGCACUGUCUGAGGCAGCUUCUGUCCCCACCAUGGAGCCCCCAGGGUCGUGUGACUACGUAACACUGAAGGUAUAGAACUGAAGGAAGAGCUUCUUCCCUGGGAAGGAGAGAAUGGAUUAAGAUGACGGAACUUAUGAAAGCCCA